GCAGACAAAGAACGGUUUAGGGCGAGAGAAGUACUGUACGUGUGUUGGUUUUCUUGUUAGCUUAAGUCUCUUUAACACAUACUUAAAGUGUUAAAAUAACGAUACGCUAGGUAUAGUGCGCUGAGAGGUAGUAUAUGCGUUACAUAUGUAGAUUAAAUAACUAAACUAAAUAGAUGCACUCGAGCUUAUGUUUUGGAAAUACGGUUAGAAUAGCAGCAGGUUUUAAAGAAGGGCGCUUGCUUGUUGUUGAGCUACAGUGAAUAAUCUUGACCCUAGAAGCUGAAGAGUGUAUCUUUGUCUGAAAGUUUCAGGUUGCAUAAAUAGCAGAGCACACAGAGGACGGGUGUAACAGAGAAGUUAGCGCAGGUAAACAAACAAGGGUCAAACUUUAAGGCUUUUAUCUGAGACCCAGAACUAGCUGCGUAGCUAUUAGGUGUGUGUGCAGGUAAGCUAGCUGUGUGUGAAGAUGAGGUCGAGCGGUUUGCUAGUGUGUGUGCUCCUGCUUUGGGUUGAAGGCAGCUGGGGGGACACACCGGCCAACUGCACCUAUGAGGACCUGCUGGGGACCUGGGUGUUUCAGGUGUCCAAAGGAGGACACGACAAGAACAUCAACUGCUCUGCUGCAGGUAAAGCCACGGUUGAGAGCACGGUGACUGUGACCCUGGAGAAACCGUCAGUAUCCACAGAUGAGCUGGGGAACAGCGGCUUCUUCACCCUCGUCUACAACCAGGGCUUUGAAGUGGUCAUCAAUGGCUACAAAUGGUUCGCCUUCUUCAAGUACACUGAAGAUGGGUCUAAGGUGACCAGCUACUGUGACCAGACCAUGCCGGGGUGGGUCCAUGAUGUCCUGGGACACAACUGGGCCUGUUUCGUGGGGAAGAAAGUGAAAUCAGUACCACCCCAAAUAGAUUACAAACCACUCUUCAGCAGCAGGCUGCUCGAGAAGCCGUACAAACACAACCUGGACUUUGUUGAUUUAAUCAACUCUGUCCAGAAGUCCUGGAAGGCUGCGGCCUACCCCGAGCACGAGCUGUUCACUCUGAGGGAGCUGCAGUACCGCGCAGGAGGGCCCGCCUCCCGCAUCCCUCAGCGUGUUCGGCCUAUGCCAGUCAAAGCUGGUUUGGCCAAGAUGGCGGCUGCUCUACCUGAGCGCUGGGAUUGGAGGAACGUUAAUGGCGCUAACUUCAUCAGUCCUGUGCGAAAUCAAGCAUCGUGUGGAAGCUGCUACUCCUUUGCCACCAUGGGAAUGCUGGAAGCUCGAAUUCGAAUCCUCAGCAACAACACCGACACCCCCAUCCUCAGCCCCCAGCAAGUGGUCUCCUGUUCCGAAUAUUCUCAAGGUUGCGAUGGCGGAUUUCCAUACCUGAUUGGGAAGUACGUGCAGGACUUCGGUCUGGUGGAUGAGUCGUGCUAUCCAUAUAUUGGAAAGGACUCUCCCUGCAGUCUCCCUCAGAACUGUGGUCGCAUCUACACCGCCGAAUACAGCUAUGUUGGCGGGUUCUAUGGCGGCUGCAGUGAGAUGGCUAUGAUGUUGGAACUGGUCAAGAAUGGACCAAUGGGAGUGGCCUUUGAGGUCUACCCCGACUUCAUGCACUAUAAGGAGGGCAUCUACCACCACACAGGCCUCGGAGACCCCUUCAAUCCCUUCGAGCUGACCAAUCAUGCCGUGCUGUUGGUGGGCUACGGCCGCUGCCACAUGACCGGUCAGAAGUACUGGAUUGUCAAAAACAGCUGGAGUACCAACUGGGGCGAGGACGGCUACUUCAGGAUCCGCAGAGGCAGCGACGAGUGUGCCGUCGAGAGCAUCGCAGUGGCAGCAAACCCCAUCCCCAAACUGUAGACGCUCAGAGAGGUUUAACAAUCAGUCAUUCAUACAAAUUUUAAACUAGGAAUUAGUUAAAAGCAUAAAAAGGGACACAAAACGUAUCUUUUAUGGUUGAUUUAGUAUUUAUAACAUAUCAUUCAUUUGAAUUGGAGUGAAACUGCUGUUGUGCUCUUUUGAAGCCAUGAAUUUAGCACGCCUGCCUACAAAGGCAAGGCGUCAAAAAAACAAAUUGUUUUAUUUUUUCCAAUUUCAGCAAUCACUGAUUAACUGCCUAUGGAUGAUUUUAAUUCAAGCUUUAACUGCCAACACAAACUUGAAAACAAAAUGCUUCGGGUCUUACUUGAAUGCUGAAUGGUACUAAAAUCUAAAAGUUUUGAUGCACAACGUUACUGCAGAUGUGAAGGGAUUUAAAUUGAAAGGGAACUGAGGAGUGUUUGUGUUUUAUUGUCAGGUGCAGGACUUUGAUUAUUUUUCUCAGGGAAGCAACGGUUGCAGAAUUGCAACCUCUUUUGUCCUUGCACCAAAUUGAAAAUGUUACUGCCAUGUUUCUCUGUGUACAUUUUAACUGGAAUUAUUGAUCAAUCAGAAUAAGGGAUUAAGUGAUUUGAUUGCCUUUUAUUGUGAUUUGCACUGAUGUUUUUAAUUUUGAUGGAAUAAAAGCAUUUAUAAAUGUA